AAAACACAAUCAAACCAUCCAAAAUGGCGCCCGCCGCUUCGCUCGUGAACAAGCUCAAGGUGCAGCUGAAGCUGUCGAUAUCCAGGCUACGCAUGACACAACAAAAGGAUAGCGCGAAAGUGAAACUGCAGAGAAGGGAAAUGGCGCAAUUGCUCGAGGCAGGCAAAUUACAGUCGGCACGAAUACGCGUCGAGAACAUCAUCCGGUCCGACAUCACAACCGAACUCCACGAGAUCCUAGAACUCUACUGCGAACUGCUGCUUGCGCGAUCGCAGCUCCUCGAGAACCACUCCACUUCCUCGCCCAUCGACCCUGCGCUCGAAGAAGCCGUCCGAAGCAUAAUAUACGCGGCGUCGCGGACAGAGAUCAAAGAGCUGCAUGCCGUGCGCGCAUUUUUAGUUGAGAAGUUCGGCAAGGAGGUCGCGCUGGCGAGUAUGGAGGGUGAGGGUGUCGCAGAACGCGUGGUGAAGAAGCUGAAGGUCGAGACGCCGAGUGAGGAGCUGGUGAAUGCGUAUCUCACGGAGAUUGCGAGAUUCUACGGGGUCCCAUUUGGUGAGCCCAAGCAAGCAGAAGAUGACGACGACGAUGAACCGAGUGGUGGUGUAGCAGAAGAAGCAGAUGAACAGGACGACGAGAGAGAGGAGUUGGUUAAAGCGACACCGCCCAGGCAACUGGGCCCGCAGAGUCCGCUGAGAGUUGUGCCGCCCAGCCCUAGUACGGACAAUGUCGCGCCGCGCCUCAAUUUACCAGGGAGCGCAGCGGCGAAGGUCAAUGCGAGCGAGGCAAAGAAACCAGUCAAGAAAGAGGAUGGACUGGGCAAGAUUCCGGAUGUAGAUGAGCUGGCAAAGCGGUUUGCGCAGUUGAAGCGAUGAGGUUUCCUGAAAUGGAGGGUUGGAAUGUUAGAAAUUCAAGUACCCAACUUGGUGCUCAGCAUGGAUCUGGAAGUGGACAAUCGCAUUUCAUCUAGGCGUUUAGCUCGAUCUGCUGAUGGGAAUCUUUGAUGAAGUUGAUUGAGCUAUCAUGACAUUUAUAUUGCGAGGCCAGCAUCAAUGUAAAACAUGGAGAGGUGCCAGACAAGCCUGGUUGCAGACCUACGCAAAGGAGCAC